AUGCCAAACGAGUUACCAGUUGAACUCACGUCUUUUCUUGACGUAGUGCACGAACUUCGUGUCAAACUGUAUAAGCUGAAACUCCAAGUGAAAGUUUUAUCUGAAAAAAACAAAUUUAUAGCACUUGGAAAAGAAGGUGAUGAGGAGUCAAGUUCCAAUGAUUCAGUUCAAAUGCUAAUAACCAAAAUAUCACAGGACGCCAUUGCGUUUGAAAACCGUCUCAAAAAACUGAGGGAGCAAAACGACACACUGAAAACACAAAACGAAAGAGGAGAAAUCCAGUUGAGUGAUACAAUUCUGAGAAUUCGGACUAACCACACAAAGUCACUCUCGUCACAGUUUGUCAAGUUGAUGAGAAGCUGCCAAGACAUACAACUUGAGAUCAAAGUCUCAAUUAAACAGAAAGUAUGUCACAAGAUCAAAAUAUUCCACCCAGAGUUUGAAGACGAAGCGAUUGAAAAGGUUAUUGACACAGAAAAAGUGGAUGACGGCGUUGUAGAAAGGUUGAGAAAGACAACAAAUCAACCAACGGUAGACUACUUGACAAAACGCCACCAAGAACUCGUUGAAAUAAACAACGCUAUCAAUGGGGUUUCCGAGAUGUUCGUCAGCAUUUCAGUUCUUCUGGGCAUGCAAGGCGAGUUGAUCGACUCAAUCGAACAAAAUUGCGACCAGACAAAGGAAUACUCUGCCACAAUAAAUCAGGAACUCGAGCGGACGUACCACCUCAAAAAGAAGCUUGUAGCCAAAAUAGUUGUUCUUUCCAUCAUCUUGGUAGUGAUUGUUGUACUAAUUGUAUGUGCAAUAACCAUCCCAAUUGCAGUUUACUUCACAAAAGACAAAGUUGUGUAA